AUGAAGAGACCAUCAGGUAUACCGGACGAUCUAUUUGCCACCCUCCAAGGCGGAGCUUCUGCAGGAGAACCCCGACCAGGGGCGGCGGGGAACUCUGGGCGCGGCAGAACGCUCCAGCGAUCAUCGGGCAGCUACAGCUCCGGCGGAGAGUCCAGCUCCUCGGCCUCCUCCGCCUCUUCGCCCUUGCCGACCGCGGCGAGGCGGACCGAAGAUAGAGCCAGCCCGGCCGCUGCCGCUGGUGCUACUGCUGCGGUUGCUUCCCCCGCUGCCGCCGCCGCCGCCGCCGCCGCCGCCGUGACACCGAGAUCUUUCCUUCGAACCCCCCACGAUCAGUCCUCGCGGGCGCUCGGCCGCUCCCCGUCGGCCUCCUCCUCGGCGGGCAAAACGGGGGGGAGCGACGCGUCGUGGUCCUCUUCUAGGGGGGGGGGCUCCGCGGUGUUGUCGGCCUUCGCCACCGAGUCGGCACGGAGACGAGGCUCCCUGGGCGGGGGAAGCAGGGGGUCGGGGAGCAGGCUCUCGGUCGGGAGUGGGUUUUCCGUCGGCAGCAGCUCGCCGGGCGCUCUGAACGGAUCGUCCCACAUCGCUCUCAAAGCAGCAGCGGAGGGGGACGAGGCGGCCGUCCUGGCUUUUCUCGAUGCUGGCGGCGACGUCAACACCAAGAGCAAGAACGGAGCGAGCACCCCGCUGACCCGAGCGGCUGCCAAAGGGCACCUCGGCGUCGUCAAGCUGCUGCUGGAGCGGGGAGCGGCGGUAAACAUCCCCGGGAGGGGUGGUCUCACCGCUCUGCACGAAGCGGCUGGGUGCGGCCAGGACAAGAACGGCCAACGGCCCGACGCGAUGGCGGUGGACCACGAGUCGCGAGCGCUGCUGCGGGACGCCCGUUGCGCUGUUCGCGAAUACGCUGUUGGGGAUAACGUUAUCGCAUCGCUUCGGCGUGAGCUGGAAAACCUGGAGGCGGAGGUGGAGGGAGCCAAGGCCAAGGUCAAGGAAGAGGCGUCCCGGCGUGUGGAGUUAGAGAUCGAGCUCGAGACGCUCAGGGCACGCAUGGAAGAACUUCAGAAGCAGGCGUCCACCUCCUCGAGGGUAGACGGAAGCCAGAGCCCUAAGGUCCCCAGGGUGAGGGCGCCAGAUUUUUUUCAAGAGUGA